AUGAAUGAUCUUGGAAUGGCUAUCAUCAAAAGACGAAAUACACAUACUGUUGAAAAGCUUGUAGAAAAGCUACAACAAUCAUUGGAUAUUCUUGGUAGUAACAAAAACAUAAAGAUUAAUGAGCAGAAUGAACAUGAAUUAGAUAAUUUAGAUAUUGCUGCUUGUUAUGAUAUCCAGGAAGCAGCACACAGAGGAACAAUCUUUACAGAAAAGGAGAAGGAGAAGUUGUCUAUUGCUCAACAACAGAAUCCUCAUGCACUUCAACUCACUUCUGCUGGUAUAUUAAUAUAUGACACAUUUCAUGGACAGUGGAAUAUUCCAGUCAAUGAUGCAAAUUGGAUUACCAACUCAUAUCAAGCAGGAAAAAACAAGCCUGCCACUUUUUAUUUUGGAGCAUUUUUCAAUAUGAAUUGGAUAGAAUCACUCAUGGACUUCAGUUUGCAUGGAGAUGCCAACAUUGGAUCAUCAAAAAUAGAACUAACUGAAAUCCAUGCAUUGCAGAAUUCACCAUGGGACCCAAAGCCUAAAAUUUACCAACAGUUGAGAAGUGCUUUGCAAAAUACAAGGAGUACUAUCACAACCUCUCUGGAUGCAAGUUCAACAGAUAAUAAUAAAGCUGUAAAGGAGGAUUAUUAUUAUAUAGAAAGGGCAAGGUAUCUUACUUCAGACCAAAAGGUCAUUUUUUCUGGAACAGAUCCAGGUACCAUCACAACCUCCAUUACUAUUACAGUGCCAAUGACUCUUGAAUCUAUCUUUGCUAGUAUCAACUGCUUCCAAGUCCUUGCAUCCAUUGAGGAUAGCUCUGAUGACAGUGCAUCAUCCAUCUUGGAUGUCAAUCACCUUCCAAAACCCUAUAAGAUCACUGCGGGUCUUGUUAAUAACACUACCUUUUUGAAGAAGCAUCAAAACAAGCAUCAUCAAACAAACAUCAUCAGAGACAUAAAUGUAGAUGAGGAUACAAAACGAAAAAAACUAACAAAGGAGAAUCGGGAGGAGGAGCUUCUCCCCGGUGAGCAGACACCAGCAGUGAUUCAUUGUUUCAGACAUUGGCAGGGAAUUAAUAGUACUAUCAAGAGACACUCUCGAAGGGGAACAAAGAAAAUUCGGGAACAACAUCGCGUCCACGGACAUGUUGCCAUAACCAACGAGUAUAAUACAUCCAAGACAUGCCCGUUCUGUUUUUCGAAAGUUGUUCUCCAUCAAACUCGUCAGAUUAUCAAUGGAAAGAAGAAGAUUGUCCAUUUGAAUGGUGCCAUUGAAUGUGUCCAUCCCCGAUGCCCAGCUAGAAGAAUAAAGUACACAACACGAGGAAGGGACAUGAAUGCAGCAAACAUUGCUCUUUCUGGAGCAUCAAUCGUUUUAUCUGCUGACAAUCAACCACUUCCUCCUUUUCGUCGCAACGCCAAUCACACCUUGCAGAAAAACGUGCGAUAUGAGACGAGGUGUAUACAAGGAUUUGCAUGGUAA